UCCCCAUUGAAAUACCCUGGACUAAUUCAGAUCAGACACCCAAGAUACCAAACAUCUUCUUCCAUAGCACUCGCAGCCUGACUUCAAACCGUCACCUACAUCAUGUUUCAGCUUCCCCGUGCCCCACCCACUGACCAAAUUCUCCCCCUCAUGCAUCAAAUUAUUGAUGAACUCACUCAGACGCGCAAUUCAGUACUCAAAGCAACGACUCCAGAAACAGCCACCUUCGCCAACACUCUUCUUCCCUUGGCGCAGACCGAAAAUGCAGUCCAAGGCCAGCUAGCCAUGAUCGACAUGCUACAGUACGGUGCUCCAUUACGGGAGACCCAGGAUGUCGUUCACUCCGCCAUGAGCGUCUAUGCCGAAGCACAGGCGGCAUGGAUUGCCAACGGGGACUACUUCCGUCCACUGCAGGCUGUCCGUGACAAUCGAGAGGACUUUGAGCCAUUGGAUGCGGAAUCGCAACAUUUGCUCGAACGUGAGUUGACUGUAUACCGAAUGGCAGGGCACGAGGAGCUGGAUGUGGAAGAGGUGGAAGGCUUCUUGCAGGAAGGGGCAAAUAUUGGACAAAUAGAGAGGAAGUUUCAGGAGAAUUUAUCAAGGGAAGAUGGGGGCGUAUGGUUUACACGGGACGAGUUGGAAGGAGUACCAGCGAGUGACUUAGGAAAGUGGAAAUCGGAUGGUGAGAAAGAAAAAGAAAAGCUAUUUGUGCCCUUUGCGAAUGGAGGUACACUGGCAGUGUUGACCUAUGCUCGUCGCCCUAUGUUUUUGGCCGACAAUCAGAAGCUUAAGGUUAAUCAGCCAUUGUUUGAGGAAAUUGUCCGUCGACGGGCUCGACGGGCCCAUCGAUUGCACCAUUCUACACAUGCUGGGUAUCGGCUGCAGCAACGUAUGGUGAAGGAUCCGACAUGGCUAGGCGGGUUUCUGGAUGGAUUGAAGGAGACACUGUGCGCCCGCGGCAAAGAUGAAAUUGCGGUGUUGCAGCAGAGGAGGAUGAAGGAUAUAAAAGACAAGUGUAACAAAGAUGGUGUGGGUUUUCCCCCGUGGGAUAAACCCUAUUACAUGCGGUUAGUAGAAGAGGAAGUUGCGGUUGACCAGCUGCAGCUAUCUGAGUUCUAUCCCCUCGAACAAACAGCCAUAGGAAUGCUGGGUAUUUUUGCCUCUGUUUUGGGUCCCCAGUUCGAAUCUGUCGAAGCUGAGAAGGAGAGCCUCUGGCAUGAGUCCGUCCGGGUAUUCUCUGUCUGGGAGAGUGCGCCGACCAAGCAGUUUGUUGGGUAUCUGUAUUUUGAUCUGCUAUGGAGAGAAAACAAAUAUCGCGGUAACCAAAGUGUGAAUCUCCAAUGUGGCUAUCUCCGCCCAGAUGGCAGUCGGCAAUACCCUGCCACAAUCCUCAUGUGUUCCUUCCCUACUCCCACUCCCACCGGUUGUGCCUUGCUCAAGCACCAUCAAGUGGUAACCCUUUUCCACGAAAUGGGUCAUGGAAUCCACGAUCUCCUUGCACGAACAAAGUACGUCCGAUUUCACGGCUACCGGCUUCCCCCUGACUUCGGAGAGAUGCCCAGCAUGAUGCUCGAGAACUGGUGCUGGAUGAAAGAGGUUCUGCAGGGUCUCAGCUGCCACUAUACUACGCUAGAGAAUAGUUACCUGAUGGAGUGGCGCAAGCAACAUCCCAGCUCACCCGAUCCGCCAAAGAAGAUUCCGGAGGAUGUAGUCGAACGCCUUAUCAAGCAUCGUUACCUGAAUCGAGGCCUAUAUCAUUUGUAUCAAUUGUAUAAGCUCUGGUAUGACCUCCGUGAGGAGGUUGAAAGUAUGGACUUCUCCGAGUGCCGAGACGGCUAUGCAUUUGGAACGUUCAGUCAUCUGACAGCGGGCUAUGAUGUCUGCUACUAUGCUUAUCUCAUCUGCACGGCAAUGGCCCAGGACGUCUUUCUUUCCGUCUUUGCUGAAGGACCAUUCCAGAAGGACAAGUGGGAGAAGUACCGUCGCGAGAUUUUGCAAAACGGUGGCGGCCAACAAGACUUGUUUCAGAUGCUGCAGAGGUUCUUGGGUCGUCAACCAAAUAUGAAUGCCCUAGUGGAAGGUUUGAGGCGAGCAGACAGUCAACAUCAGUGCUAG